AUGGCAAGAAUUCAAAGAAGAAGAAACAAUGCUGGGUCGUCUCUCGAGAUGGCUCAAUUUAUAGAUGCAGGUGUGAACAAAAUUAAAAAGAGAAUAAGAGACAUUGAGAGACUUUUGAAGAAGAAAGGUGAUAUUUUACCAGAUACAGUUAUAGUUGAGAAAGAGAGAACAUUGGAGGCAUUGAAAAUCGAGCUUGAGAAUGCUCAUCUACAACAAAAAAUUAAACAAAAUGCAAAGAAGUAUCAUAUGAUUAAAUUUUUUGAGAGGAAGAAAGCUAUGAGAAAGUAUAAGAAGGCUGCUAAAGCUAUCGAAGAUGAUUCUGAUAACAAAGAGAAGCAAGCUGAACUCUUAAAAACAAAAAUUGAUCUUUGUUAUGUAGUAAAUUUCCCAAAAUCAGAAAAGUACAUUGCCUUAUAUCCAUCAAACGAGAACGAGGAUAACACAGAAGAUACUACCACAAAAGAGAAAUCUGACAUUAAAAAGAAAUACAUUUAUGAUCUAAUUAUAAAACAAUUCCAGGACAAUACCUUACCUGUUUCCUUCAAGAGCAUUCUUGAAGGUAAGAAAUUAGAUAAACAACAUAAUGGUAUAAGACUGGAGGCAGAUAGGGAAGAAGAUGAAAAAGAAGAGCAAGAAUAUUCAAGUUCAGAAAGGAAAACUAAGGCUUCCAAUGGUGCUGAAGCAGAGGAGGAAGAAGAUGAUUUCUUCGAAUGA